UUCUCCUUCGAUCCUGAGAAGCUUCCCGCCGCCUCCGGCGAUGCUCUCGGCGCGCCGUGGAGGCGGUGGAGGUGGCGCCGCCGCCGCAGCCGGGGAAGAUCACGGCGCGGUGCACUGCCACCCUCCGCUCACUCCGCGCCAGAGCCAGCAGCUGCGCGCGGUGGUCGAAUCGCUGCGGCUCGACCCACUCGAAGUUGACGAGGGGGCGCGACUUGAGAUCGCGCGGGAGAGGUACAGAGCAGGGGAUUACAGAGCGGCUCUGGAGCAUUGCAACGCCGUGUACAGGGCGAACCCGAGGCUCCUGGAGAAUCUACGGCUGCUCGCCGCCGUCUAUUACCAGCUCCGAGAGUUUGACAUGUGUAUCGCGAAGAAUGAGGAGGCUGUUGCAAUCCAGCCGAAUUUCCCAGAGUGCUUCAACAGCAUUGCCAAUGCAUGGAGUGAGAAAGGCAAUGUUGACCUUGCCAUUCAGUUUUACCUGCACGCAAUACAGGUCCGGCCCACAUUUGCUGAUGCUUGGACAAACCUAGCUAAUGCUUAUACUCGAAAGGGAAAUCUCAGUCAGGCAACUGAGUGCUUCCAUCAAGCUCUUGCUCUAAAUCCUCAUCUGGCCGAUGCAUACUGUAACCUUGGUGAUGUAUUGAAGGCACAGGGGUUGUACAAAGAAGCAUACAGUCGCUACCUGGAUGCUCUAAACAUAAAGCCUACUUUUGCAAAUGCAUGGAAUAAUAUUGCUGGACUUCUCACACAAUGGGGUGACUUCAAUAAAGCAGCUACCUACUACAAGGAAGCAAUCAAAUGCAAUCCAGCAUUUUACGAUGCACACAUGAACUUGGGAAAUCUUUACAAGGUUAUCGGAAUGCGUCAGGAUGCAAUUGUAUGCUACCAGAAUGCAACUAGGGCAAGACCAGAAAAUGCAGUAGCUUAUGGCAAUCUUGGGAAUGCCUACCAUGAACAAGGCCAACUGGAUCUUGCUAUUCUAAAUUAUAGACAAGCCAUCCAUUGCAAUUCAUCUUAUGUUGAAGCAUACAAUAAUCUGGGAAAUGCUUUAAAAGAUGCUGGAAGGAGUGAAGAAGCAAUUGAUUGCUACCAGACAUGCCUUGCUCUUCAGCCGUCUCACCCUCAGGCUUUGACAAACCUUGGGAAUGUAUAUAUGGAGAGGAACAUGACGGACAUAGCGGCUUCAUUUUACAUGGCAACACUGACUGUUACAACUGGAUUGUCUGCACCUUACAACAAUUUAGCUAUGAUUUACAAACAGCAGGGAAACUGUAAUCACGCUAUUACAUGUUUCAAUGAAGUACUCCGCAUUGAUCCAAUGGCUGCUGACUGUCUUGUCAAUAGAGGCAACACAUUUAAAGAAGCAGGCAGGGUCACUGAAGCCAUCCAAGACUAUUUCCAUGCUAUCACAAUUAGACCUACUAUGGCAGAAGCUCAUGCAAAUUUGGCAGCUGCUUACAAAGACACGGGCUUACUAGAGGCAGCAAUUAUCAGUUACAAGCAGGCCGUACAAUUACGCCAAGAUUUUCCAGAAGCUACUUGCAAUCUCCUGCACACUCUACAGUGUGUAUGUGAUUGGGAUGAUAGAAUGGGGAAAUUCGUGGAGGUGGAGGGAAUCAUCAGACAGCAAAUAAAGAUGUCCUUUCUCCCAAGUGUACAACCAUUCCAUGCUAUAGCAUAUCCAAUUGAUUCAACUCUUGCACUGGAAAUCAGUCGAGCAUAUGCAGCUCAUUACUCUUUGGUUGCAUCACGUUUUGGGCUUCCUACAUUCACACACUCCCCUCCUGUUCCAACCAGCAAUGAUGGCAGAACUUCAAGACUUAGAAUAGGGUAUGUGAGUAGUGAUUUUGGCAAUCAUCCUCUGUCUCAUCUGAUGGGCUCUGUAUUUGGAAUGCACAAUCAAGACACUAUCGAGGUUUUCUGUUAUGCCCUGAGCCAAGAUGAUGGUACAGAAUGGAGGCAGCGUAUUAGAUCUGAAGCUGAGCACUUCAUUGACGUUUCAUCAAUGUCAUCUGAUAUGAUUGCUAAAGUUAUCAAUGAGGAUAAGAUACAGAUUCUUAUUAAUCUUAAUGGCUAUACUAAGGGUGCACGGAAUGAAAUUUUUGCUUUGCGACCUGCCCCAAUCCAGGUUUCUUACAUGGGAUUUCCUGGAACCACUGGCGCAGAUUAUAUUGAUUAUAUGGUUACUGAUGAGUUUGUCUCUCCACUGAAUUUUUCACAUAUAUACUCAGAAAAGCUCGUCCAUCUUCCCCACUGUUACUUUGUGAAUGACUAUAAGCAGAAAAAUCGAGAUGUUCUUGAUCCUCUAUGCCCACACAAGCGAGCUGACUAUGGUUUGCCGGAAGACAAAUUCAUCUUUGCAUGCUUCAAUCAACUCUACAAGAUGGACCCAGACAUUUUCAACACCUGGUGUAAUAUUCUGAAGCGUGUACCAAACAGUGCAUUGUGGCUAUUGAGAUUUCCAGCAGCCGGAGAGAUGAGAUUGCGUGCAUAUGCAAUCUCAAAGGGAGUAAGGGCAGAUCAAAUCAUAUUUACAGAUGUUGCUGCAAAAAAUGAGCAUAUCAGACGCAGUGCCUUAGCAGAUCUAUUUCUUGACACCCCAUUGUGCAAUGGCCACACUACUGGUACAGACAUAUUAUGGGCUGGUCUCCCAAUGAUCACUCUUCCACUACAGAAAAUGGCAACUAGGGUUGCAGGCUCACUGUGUCUAGCUACUGGAAUUGGGGAAGAGAUGGUAGUCAAUAGCUUGGAAGAAUAUGAAGAAAAGGCAGUCUCUCUAGCAGAAAAUCCAUGGAAACUCGAAGCUCUUAGAAACAAGCUCAAGGCUGUUAGGAUGACCUGUCCUUUGUUUGAUACAGCUCGAUGGGUAAAGAAUCUGGAGAGGGCAUAUUUACAUAUGUGGAACCUGCAUUGCUCUGGUAGGAAUCCUCGGCAUUUUAAGGUGCUAGAAGACGAUGCCCAAUUUCCAAUUGAGAGAUAAGAACAAGCAGGCCAUGUAAUCGUGUAAAUAUUACAUGAGAUAGGUAACAUAGCCUUUUCACCUUCUUAACGCACAAACCGAGAAAAAGUUGUCCGCGUCCAAAUCUUGCGGGAGAAACUAUACUUAUAGGACUUUUUAUACAAUACUGUUGUGUCAGGUGCAGUCUCCUAGUGGUUAUUUUUUCUUCCAGUAGUUGUCAUCCUUCUGAGUUUUCCGGAGUAUCUUAUCAUAGUGAACAUUAGUAAACCAGAGAGUCGAUUUUUUCCUUAGCAAUGUUAGGAGUGGAUCGUUGGACAUUUCUUGAAUUGAUCGACAGUCAAAUUAGGCAUGAAAAAAAUACAUUAUUUUAUUUCUGUAACAUGUAUACGCGAUCAGGUUGUUGCAACAAGGCCUGUAAUCGUGAAAAAGAUAAGUGGACCUGACAAUGGGUGCCAGUUCAGAGCGUGGAAUUGUUGGUUUGUUGAUUUCCUCUUUACAUGUACUAAUUACUUCUGGAGAUAUAUGCAGAUUUCAUGCGCAAGCUGGAGCACUGUCUUGGCGCAUCUUUCUGUGGGAAUUGCUGUGACUGAGCUCUGGAUGGUGUCCCGUGGCUCUCUGCUGCAUCUUCUAUUGAAACUUGAUUUCUCGUAGGCCUAACUGUUUUUGCAGGCUAUCGAUCUCUUCUAUGAAAUUGUUGGUCUCGCCAGUUUCAAUCUUCAGUGCCCGCCCUCUCUACGGUGUUCAUCAUUCACGGAUAAGUUGAAUGGCACGGGUAAGAGAUUUUGGUAUGACACAUGGAAACGUGGAACAAUGCAGUCAUUCAGCUCCUGCCAGUGAUGAUUUCACUACCGGAAGUGCCCAUGCAGGCAUGCAGCCAAGCUUAAGGUAAAUGUGAUAUUGUGUGCAUGGUGCUCUCGGAUCAGCAUACGCCUACGCAUCCGCACGUAAGCCAGGUAAAUAACCAUCAAAUCUCGUCGUUACCGGCGGCAACAGAACCAUAAUCGCAGUUUGAAAGGGAAGAUGACGCGUAUCCGAUGGUAAGGCCAAAAUAGCAACU